GGAUAUCCCAUUCCAGCUUUGGUUUCCACGUGUGCGUCUUCCUCAAAGAUGAGCGAGAGCCCCGCCUGCGGUGCAUUUCUGUUGUGUCUGUGACAUGGAGGAAAUGCUGUCCUUCUGGGAUGUGGCCAUUGAGUUCUCUCCAGAAGAGAGGGAAUGUCUGGAGCCUGCUCAGUGGAGUCUGUACAGGGAUGUGAUGUUGGAGAACUACAGCAACCUUGAAUUCCUGGGUCUUGCUGUCUCUAAGCCGCACCUGGUGACAUUUCUGGAGCAAAGACCAGAGCCUUCAGAUGGGAAGAGACAAACAGCAGCCAGCGUGCAUCCAGGAACAACACCCAAUGAUUAUAACAUUUACAACAAGGCCACUGUUUGUAACUCAUUACAUAUUCAACACCAGAGAAUUCAUAGAAGGGAGAAACGCUACAAGUGUGAAGAGUGUGGUAAGGGCCUUAGUUCUCAUAGAACUCUUUCCAUACACCAGAGACUUCACACUGGAGAAAAACCCUACACGUGUGAAGAAUGUCACAAGGCCUUCAAUACUCGCUCAUCACUUUCUAUACACCAGAAAAAUCAUACUGAUGAGAAACCCUACAAGUGUGGAGACUGUGGCAGAUCAUUUUACUAUCCUUCAAUGCUGAAGCAACAUCAAAAGACUCAUUCUGGAGAGAAACCCUACAGGUGUGAAGUGUGUGGCAAAUGCUUUUCCUCAUUUCCAUACUUUAGAGAACAUCAAGCAAUUCACUCCAAAGACAGCCCCUACAAGUGUGACGAGUGUGGCAAAUCAUUUUCCUGUAAGGGAGCACUGAAGAGACAUCAAAUAAUUCAUUCUAGAGAGAAACCCUACAAGUGUGAUGAAUGUGGUGAGCAUUUAACUAUUCUGUAGGGCUGCAGAAACGUUAACAAGUUCAUUCUAGAAAGAAAUUGUACAAAUGUGAAGUACGUCAGAAACCCUUUCCUUAUCGCUCAUCCCUUCUGAGACACAAGACAGUUCAUACAGGAGAGAAACCCUACAAGUGUGAAGAGUGUGGCAGAGGUUUUUGCUCCUCUUCAUCCCUUCAGAGACAUAAAAGAAUUCACUCUGAAGACAAUUCCUCCAGUUCCUACAUUAUCUCACUGCCUUGG